CGCGGAGCAGCAGCGGGGAGCGGCGGCGGGUCUGUGGAUGAAUUUCAGCCGCAUUUUAGCUCGAUUAUUUCGUGUAUCCAGUAGAAGUGACGGAAAGCGGCUUGGUUAAGAUGUUCCAUACCGGUUUGUGUUAAAACGUUUUAAGAAGACGCGUUUUCGGGCGGAGUUUUUGUUCGAAUUCAUCGCCCGUUGGUUCUCAGUCGAAACGGAGCUGACCGCCGUGUCUUGGUCUCUGCCUGCCAGCGUUAACUAGCGGAAAACACCGUAACGUUAUUCUAUCGCGUUUACAUUUUGUAUAGCUUAGAUUUGCGGAUUUCCGACUCGAUAACUGCGUCAAGAUGAGCGCUGCAACGGCGAAGGCUCAGGUCGACCCGAAGUCAGCGCCCCUCAAAGAGAUCCCCGACAUCCUGGUGGAUCCGCGGAGCAUGAAGCGCUACAUGAGGGGCCGCUUCCUCGGGAAGGGCGGCUUCGCCAAGUGCUACGAGAUCACGGACAUGGACACGAAAGAGGUUUUCGCCGGCAAAGUGGUGCCCAAGUCGCUGCUGAUGAAGCCCCACCAGAAGGAGAAGAUGAGCACGGAGAUCGCCAUCCACAAAAGCCUCGACAACCCGCACGUUGUGGGCUUUCACGGCUUCUUCGAGGACGACGACUUCGUAUUCGUGGUGCUGGAGAUCUGCCGGAGAAGGUCUCUUCUAGAGCUGCACAAGCGCAGAAAGGCCGUGACGGAGCCUGAAGCGAGGUACUUCAUGCGCCAGACCAUCCAGGGUGUCCACUACCUGCACAAUAACAGGGUCAUUCACCGUGACCUUAAACUCGGCAACCUGUUCCUUAAUGAUGACAUGGAGGUGAAGAUUGGUGACUUUGGCUUGGCUACUAAGAUUGAGUUUGAUGGUGAGAGGAAGAAGACCCUAUGUGGAACGCCAAACUACAUCGCCCCUGAGGUGCUGUGUAAAAAAGGGCACAGUUUUGAAGUGGAUGUCUGGUCACUGGGUUGUAUUUUGUACACGUUGCUGGUUGGUAAACCUCCAUUUGAGACGUCUUGCCUUAAGGAGACCUACGUCCGCAUCAAAAAAAACGAGUACACGAUUCCCAGGCACAUUAAUCCCGUGGCUGCUACACUGAUUCGCCGCAUGCUCCAUGCAGACCCCACUCUCCGACCCUCUGUGGCUGACCUGCUUACGGAUGAGUUUUUCACCUCAGGCUAUGUCCCCCUCAGGCUCCCCACCUCUUGCCUUACUGUGCCUCCAAGGUUCUCCAUCGCCCCCUCCAGCCUAGAGUCUGGGCUGCACCGCAGACCUCUCACUGCACUAAAUAAAGAUAGUCCGAUUGAGAAGACGGGGAAAGUGGAGCCACAACAAAAGGAGGAGCUUCAACAAAGGGAUGGAUCUGAACAGUCUGACUCCCACUUGAAUGACAUGUUGCAGCAGCUGAGCAGUGUUAUUGCGGCCAGACCGUCAGAGAGAGAUUUCGUAAGACAAGAGGAAGCUGAGGACCCAGCCUGUAUCCCCAUCUUCUGGAUCAGUAAAUGGGUCGACUACUCUGACAAAUAUGGCCUUGGGUAUCAGUUGUGCGAUAACAGCGUCGGGGUUCUGUUCAACGACUCCACUCGUCUGAUCAUGUAUGAAGACGGAGACAGCCUGCAGUACAUUGACCGCAAUGCGGCAGAAUCCUACCUCAGCGUGCGCUCCUACCCUGCUUCACUCUCCAAAAAGAUCACUCUGCUGAAGUAUUUCAGAAACUACAUGAGCGAGCAUUUGUUGAAGGCGGGAGCAAACAUAACCCCGCGCGAUGGUGACGAGCUGACCCGUCUGCCCUACCUAAGGCACUGGUUCCGCACAAAGAGCGCCAUCGUGCUCCAUCUGAGCAAUGGCACUGUACAGAUCAACUUCUUCCAGGACCACACGAAGCUGAUCCUGUGUCCCCUGAUGGGUGCAGUGACGUACAUCAACGAGAGGCGAGAGUUCUGCACCUACAAAAUGAGCCUGAUCGAGGAGUACGGCUGCUGCAAGGAGUUGGCUAGUCGCUUGCGCUACGCCCGCAGCAUGGUGGAGAAGUUGAUGGCUUGCAAAAACACAGUCCCAGCACCCACCACAGCUGCCACCUCCGCUCGCUAGGCUGUCACAACCGGAGCUCUCGGGGUAACCAACACGAUCGCAUGAUGGCAGAUAGAUGGCUAAUCAGACACGGCCAUGGACUCAUUUGUGUCAGAGGGCUGUUUAAUGCUCAAGUGGCCAAACCCUGUAAGCGUCACGGGGUCUGCACACUCUCAUCCUUCUGUCUCUCGUUUACUACUCGUUCUCCCUUUCUCUCACGGGUGGGAAAGCUUAAUGUGACCAUGCUCCUUGUCUGCUGCAUCAUGUAUAUUGCUUUUUUUUUCUAUGUUUAUUUUUUAACUGUCUUUUAGAUGUCGCCUUGUCUAUCCUCUGUAUAAAAGCUUUAGAGAAAUAACAGGUUAAUAAGAUUUUAUUAAACUGAUGGAUGAUCCAA